AUGGUUAUCGGCUGGAAUAUGCUGUCGCUCGGGGUCCUCUGUUCCUUACUCUGGUCAGUGCUGUCUGAUGGGAUCCACCACCACUACCACCACCAUCGCCAUGCUGAGGAGGUCAAGGCUGCCAUGCUUGGGAAACUGGGGCUGACGGAGGCUCCACGCCUCGCCAAGAGAGAUCUGGAGAACGUGGUGGUCCCGGCUCAUGUGAGGAACAAGUACAUCUCCAUGCUUAAGAUCCACAAGGACAAGGAGAGGAAGCGGAGAGCCCUGCCCAGCCUGGCUGGCAUCUUAAGAGGAGUUCCAGGCAAUUCAGAUACGACAGGAGACGUGCUUUAUUCGGACCCCAGCAGGCAGAGGCUGGUUUUUGAUAUGAAGGGGCUGAUCCCCGAAAACAGCGAGGUGACCAUGGCGGAGCUCAAACUCUUCAAGAAAGGCAUCCACAAGGGGGAGCUCCCUCCCAGGAGACACAGCCGGCCGGUUAACAACGCCAGGGUCAGCGUGUACUGGGUCAAGAUUCUGGCUGACGGCAGUAACAGGACCUCACUCAUAGACUCCAGGCUGGUCCCCAUUCUCGACUCUGGCUGGAAAAUGUUCGACGUCACCCAGGCCGUCCACUACUGGCAGAACACCAGGGAGAGCGAGAUGUUCCUGGAGGUCUGGAUCGAAGCUGAGCGACCGGGGCGGCACGCGGCCGAGCUGGCCAGAUUCGUCAGCUUCACUUCCCAGAAUCCUGCUGACCGGAAGCUGGGAAAACCAGAGCUGGUCCUGUACACCCUCAACUUCAGCGAGUAUGGAGCUGCUGGGGACUGUGGAGGGAGCAGAACCCGGAGGAGUGGGACCUGCUGCAGGCAGGAAUACUUCAUCAACUUCAGGGAGCUGACCUGGACCCAGUACUGGAUCAUCGAGCCCCCCGGCUACCAGGCCUUUCACUGUGGGGGGGGCUGCAAGCAGCCGCAGUGGCCCUUCGACUAUGGUGAGAGGAGCUGCGCGGUGGUGGAGAGCGCCUCACUGCCUGUGAUGUACCUGGUGAAGAGGGGCGACUACACCGAGAUCGAGGUGGCAGAGUUCCCCAACAUGAUCAUCGAGAAGUGUGGUUGCACCACAGACAACGUCUCAGUGAUAUAA